AUAUACAAUGGUAAGUUAGGCAAUGGCGAGCAGCAAUGCGUGCUUAUUACAACAGCAAAUGGGAAUUCAUCUAAAUGUACAUAUGGUUAGGGUGGUAAGUUGUCUACUUUGGUCAUAUUUUGAACUUGUUUAUUUUCCAAAAAAACAUUGGGUUUACCAAUCUGGCAACACUCUGAUAACAGUUGUGUAGAGUUAUGUGAAAGAACGCGUUAUUCCACCUCUCCAUCAGCAGGUUAACACACAACCAAUGUGAACAGAUAAACUUCAGAAUAAUGACUUGAACCUAUUGGGAAACCUUUGGCACGGUGAUAUUUUGGAGAGGUUUUUAGUGAUGGCUCUGUCUCAGAUUCAGUGUCUAAAUGAGAGCCAUGUUAAUUUACGCACGAACGAGUCCAAGCCGGAGUUCCUGUACUGUGAGGCGCAGAGGCUGGCGCUGGAGAGGCUGCUAGAUGGAGGUCCGGACAGUUUUCAGGAGUUCAUUAGGAUCAACCGGAUUCGGUCAUUUUUGUCCGACCUGGAGCUCGCUCAGCUGUGCGCGUCCGUGGAACCCUACUGUCCGGAUUUACCCGUUUACGCAGGGGACUGUACCGGGACGCACGUGUCCCUCCAGUACUGGCCGGAGCGCUCUGAUGACUCUCUCCCGCACCUGGAGCUCGGCUGGCCUCAGCGCGCGAGCUACCGUGGAGUGACCCGCGUCGCCGUGCACGCGCACCCGCCUCUAGAAGGUGACGAGCAUAUUAAAGAGGUCAUCAGGAAAACCAUAGCACGUGCACAAAAGGUCAUUGCUGUGGUCAUGGAUUUCUUUACAGAUGUGGACAUCUUUAAAGAUCUCUUGCACGCGAGCUUCAAGCGUAAUGUAGCUGUAUACAUCAUACUGGAUGUUACUGGGGUUCCACACUUUCUGAAAAUGUGUGAGAGUGCCUCAAUGCACACAGGACACCUCAAGAACUUGAGAGUGCGGAGUAUCAGAGGAACUGGCUUUUUCACUCACUCAUCCAAGAAAGUAUAUGGGAGCCAAAGUCAGAAAUUCAUGUUUGUUGAUGGAGACAAAGCUGUUUCAGGAUCGUACAGUUUCACAUGGACUGCCUCGAGAUUAGACAGGAGCAUCAUUACUGUGCUCACAGGCCAGGCUGUGGACUUGUUUGACCAUCUGUUCCAAGACCUGUAUAUGAUGUCUAAUGCCAUUGACUUGAACAAGAUUAAUCUUGAGAAAGAGCAAAAGCUAGAACCCAUCUCUAAAGCAGAACCUGCUCUGCAGCCCACAAACACCCUAGCCCUCAAACUCAUCAACCCCAAAUAUGCUCUAGUCUCAGGCAAUGCUGCUGUCAGCAGCAAUCAUAUGACUUCUGAGACAUGCACAGCCAAGAUUAACAGCAUUAAACACAUGAAGGAAGUGUCAGAAGGUCCAUACAUUCACCCUGGACUGCUCCACCUAGAAAAAGCUAACAUGUUUGACUACCUGCCAAUUUGGCCUGAGCCAGAUCCACCAAUUGAUGUUAUUGGCUUCAUUAAUAUAAGGGACUAUAAUAAACCCCUACAAGCUCACUUCACACAUUCAGAGAUUUUUGAGGUCAGUCAAGCCAUCCGAUUCAAAGAACCGAUCCACAGGCCACAAGAGUCUCUGUCUGAGAAAAUUUGUCCAAGCACCACCUCUCAAAAUGCUGCUUCACCUAAUGAGCAGCCCCAAAAUAAACUGGAGGGAAAGAACAAGCAGUGCAAUUAUCCUCAGCAGAUACUUCCACCUAGCAGUCUGAAAAAACAGGUUGUGGGUCUGUCCUCUAUUCCAAAUCUUACACCAGCUGAGAGUAGCAAGCAGGAUGAGAAAAAUUCACCUGUGGUUGAUGUUAUGGAAAAGCAAGUCUUUUCCCAACAGAGAGAAAAAUUGGAUGCUGAGAAUAUCUGCACUAGUGCUGACCCACGUAAAGAUUCUCAAAUAUCACAGAAUCCAGCAAUUGAAAAUAUAACACCAUUUGGCAGUGAUAGAUGUAAUAUAGUAGCAACUACAUCAGACAAAAUAAUCUGUGAGAAUAUUGCGGAAACCAGCAGUAAUAAAGAUUUCCAAGACAAUCAGUGGAACAUACAUAAACUCAUAGAACCUGUUGAACAUAAAACAGAUCAUGUAGACUGCACAGUACAUAAAGGAAAGAGCAUCUAUUCUGACUCCAGGUCUUCUUUUUCAUCAGAUGAGUACUUCGAUUGCAGGGAGAGUGAGAGUGUUAAUUCUGAGAACGUAGGGAUGUUUAACAGGAUCCAAGCUGUCUUCAGGUUCCCAGGUGAGCCAAACAAUGCCGCAGAACCCUCGUCCUCAUUAACAUCUGGCUCAUGUAAAAAUACAUCAAUCCAUGAGGCUCUAAAAGAAACAGAAGAUUCUAUACUUGAGUGUGCAUCACCAGAAGAGCAUAAUGUCCAACACGUAACCGGGGGAACAGUCGAUUUAGAGUUGACGUCAACGAAUGGAGGAAAAAGUUUGUCUGAAUCUGUUUCUAUUGACAAUAAACAUCUAAUACAGGAAACAGAUUUCACUUCACAGCAAGGAACUGACAGCAAACUUCUACACCAAUUUCAGACCGAUACACACGUAGCUCCUGAUAAAAAUACAGAAUGUCUACAGAGGUGUGAAUCGUAUUCAGCAGUAAAACAUAUAUUCGACAUGCAACCCAUAGAAAAGAACAACAGCGCUGAAUCACAGCUAUUAGUAAACAAGCCGUUGCUGAAGGAUAACGUAGCUGCACCUUAUGUGCUAGUGCAGAAAACCGCAGAGGCACAGUGCAUCGUGUUUUCUGACACGCACAACAAAGUGCCAGUACUGAGUUUAAACACAGAAAUUGACUCAGGAUUCAAUAACACGUAUAGCCUCAAAUCAGUGCUUGAUGACGCACACUCGACACCACAAUCAAAACCAGCAUCUCUAAACACUGGUUUACAGAAAGCAAAUACCCCAAAUACUGAAAGGAUUCAUAAAGAAGAUUGCAAAAUGUCUUUUCAAUUAAAACCGUCGAUCGCAGGGGAGUCAACCACUGAGCAGGCCAUAGAGGUCAAAGACAUGGACAACUCCAUUUCACAACCAAAGGACAGUCCAACAGCCCGAACUAUGGAUAAAGAACAGCAACUAAGCCCAAAGAUACUGACUGGCUUUAAGGUUGUACACUUCAGUGUUGAUAUCCAUCCUCUGAAAAGGAAGACACUAGAACAUCUGUGUGUGCAGCAAGAAAGUAAGAAGCAGCCUGAGGUAAAACCCAAGAUGGAGAGAAAUACCCGGAUGCCACAUCGGGUCUCGCCUCAACCUAAACCUUUUCCAACACAUGAAGUCAAACUCAGUUCAACCAAAGCAUCUGUCACCAAACUCCACAGCAGAAAUCAUCCUACUCCACCUGCCGUAUCUACACCAGGUGUUCAAAAUAAUCUACCUGGAAGACUGUGGGGUGAAAACAGGGUUACUAAUGAUCUUCAUGCAACUCCUACCAAGCUUCCUAGGAGACACACGGUUCCCAUUAGGUCAAACCGAACUCGGCUCAGAGCCGUGCAGACAGAUCUGUCAGCAGAUCAUCGCUGUUCUUCUCAAAAACCGCCUCGGGCUCAACAGGAUAGAAUGAGGUUCAACCAAUUACAUCAGUCAAGCUUCAGGCAGCGUUCGGCAUCAACCACAGAAGAAAGGUCUACUUUUAGAGGAACAUUGUUUCCAAGAACCUUGAAAGAGAGACUUACUGACUACACUUCUCAAACGAAUCAGAAAAAACUAUUAAAGUAAAAGAUAAAAAGUGAAAACGUUGCAGAGGGCUUCUAAAAUGUGUUCUUCAGAGAGAGAGAGGGAGAGAGAGAGAACAUGAAUACACCAGGUGAAGAUAAUAACACUGGCUAUCUCAUUAACAUGGCACUUACCAAGGGUGGGAUAUAUUAUUAGGCAGCAAGUGUGUUGGAAGCAAGAAACACGGGAAAGCAUAAGGAUUAGCUGGACUUUGACAAGAGCCAAAUUGUAAUGGAUAGAAGACUGGGUCAGUGCAUAUCCAUAACUGCUGGUCUUAUGGGGUGUUUUGGUAUAUAGUGGUUAGUACCUGGUUAUUAAUGGUCCAAGGUUGCCUGGUCUGAUGAAUUACAUUUUCUUUCACAUCAUGUGGAUGUCUUGUUGUGUGUCUGUGAAAGAGAAAGCUCUAUUAUGUACUAUGGGAAUAAGACAAGAUGACAGAUGCAGUGAUGAUCUGGGCAAUGUUCUGCUGGGAAACCUUAAGUCCUGACAUUUAUGUUUUGACACGUACCAUCUACAUAAACAUUGUUACAAAGCAAGUACUCCACUUUAUGGAUGUUCCUCUAAUGGCAGUGUUUUCUUUCAGCAGUAUGAUGCUUCCUGCCACACGGUAGAAAUUGUUCAGGGAUGGUUUGAGGAACAUGAGUUCAAGGUGAUGACUUGAUGGUCUCUAAAUUCCCCAAACCUCAGUCUGAUCAAGCCUCACUUUGCAAUUUGGAGAUUUUGCUGCUAACAUUUCAAUGCCAGAUACCACCAAGACAUCUUCAGAGUUCUUGUAGAGUCCAUGAUUUGUCAGCUCAGAGCUGUUUUGGUGACACCUACAUAAUAUUAGGCAGAAGGUUUUCAAUGUUACGGUUGAUUAGUUCAAGUCUUAUUUUACAGUAAGUAUGUGACAUGAGAAACUAAUGACUUUAAUCGCUUCAUGCUUGCCUCAGUGAACUAAUCCUAGAAUAUUUUCCUCCAUCUCUGAUGCAGCAGGUUUUUAUAUUAAUUCCUGGACAGAUUCGGAAGAUUUAAAGAAAAAACAAAAAAACGAAUUUAAUGUUAUUAAGAUUAGUAGCAACAGGGAAAGAUGAUUUUGUUGUUGUUGUUGUUGUUGUUGUAUUUAACAGCCCUUGGUGUUAAAAGCUUAAAUAUUCCAUAAGUUUGAAAUGAUGCAGUCUAUAAUAUACAAGAAAAAAUUUUAACGGUAUUUGUUUACAACAGUCCCUUAUUUAUAUCUUUAUUAUUUAGUACCAAACUUAAUUUAACACAUGAAAAGGUUUAAGGUUUGCAAUGCUCUACGUCUUAAAUGGGAAAGCAAGGUAAGAGGUAAUGAGCUCAGGAACCCACACCGAAUGCCUGUUUAUUGUCUAAAAAGCACCACUUACAAUAUUGAGCACUUGGUGGAUCACAUUCUGAUGCAUUGAAAUCCACAUCAUAAAUGCAGUUUAAAGUACGAAAUAAAAAAAUAAAAAAAAGAACUCAGACAAAGAGAGUCUUUGCGUCGAUCAUUGCAGUUCUCCAAGCAGUGGAAAAUGCUAGAAGUCUAAAGAGGCUUCAUGUUUUCAGGCUGUUUUAAGAAGUAUUUAUUAAGACAUGCUCUCUGUAUAGCCUUCACAAUCUGUUUAUGCUUAUACAGUAAGCGAAUGUGUCAUAUCAGUGUUAGGAGGCAAACUGUAGCUGUACAGAAAGGGUAAAGGUGUGUUUCUUAGCACGGGAGAUUCAGAAUGACACACAACGAACUGUAUAACAAGAAACAGUACAUGCUAUAUUGAUUUUUCAACUUUAUCAGUAAGUUGCAGUGCAUGAUUACUUUACUGGCCAAUUCUUGUGGUUACUAAAAAUAAAAUGUGUAAAAAAUUAAAAAAUAAAAUGUGAAGAUUCUCAACAAAUAAGAAGAAGAAGACCGAGAUGUGCUUUUAAAAUUCGCUUAUUAAGUGUUUUUUUUUUUGUUUGUUUGUAUAAAUAUAUUUCCAGUAAGACAAAAUCUGUUCUUCCCUCUUUCUUUCUUUCUUUGUAUGAGGAAGAGGAAUAAAUACCAAAAAAACGAUGGUACUUCCUCACGAAACUCGGUACAAGUGCAGGCCGGUCUGCAUAAAGCGUAACACAUGUAGGGCUUCACUCAAAGGGGAUUUUUUGCAUACAGAGGAGACACGGCUUAAAUAGAGAGCUCAUGUUUGCAAAUUGAAAAACAAAAUGAUCACAUGCUCAGUUUUAUAUAACACAAAGUGUAAUCCUACACCCGGGCCUAGUUUCUAUUGUUGUUAGACAUUUGUAGAGAUACCCUGCUACACCUUCACCAAAACAGAACAGCACAAUAUGUGGAUAUGGCACCAGUCCCACAAUUAUAUCAGCUUCUAUACUGUGCUUGAAAUGAUUUAAACACAGAAGAAUGAGGGACUCACACCCUUUUCCUGAGAGACUGGUACGCUAACAGUGGCACGGAAAUUCACAUAGCUACCGAGAGCACUACAGAUCGGUCAAAUGAUUUGACGCAGAUCUAGUAUCUCCUAAGCCAUUCUCUAGGGUAAAUAAUCAUAAAACACAGAAAAGGUUUAUUUUUAU